AUUUGUUGAUUUUCCAACUACUAACUAGAAAUCCACUUAGUUGUUACGUGGCCAGGAUUCAAUAUCUUCCGAUUCCAUGGCCACAUCCAACCUCUCCCACCAAAUUUCCCGACCAUUUCCUACAGCUUGCGUCAGUAUCCGGCCACCAAUCACUGCCGCCAACAACCAGAAGAACCCUUCACCUCCUCUCAAACCACAUAGAGACCACCGUAAACUAUCCCUUAAACCCAAAUCAAAAAAUCACUUAAAUUGGGCAAUCAAGCUAAGCUUAGCAGAGCAGAGUCCACCAAAAUCAACGUUAGAUUUGGAGCAACUCGUAGGCUUUCUAUACGAAGAUCUUCCUCAUCUCUUCGAUGAUAAGGGUAUUGAUAAAAGUGCUUAUGACGAACGUGUCUUCUUUCGAGACCCAAUCACUAAGCAUGAUGAUUUAAAUGGCUACCUUUUCAACAUUGCUCUUCUUAAGACACUCUUUACACCUCAGUUUUACUUGCAUUGGGUUAAACCGACAGGACCUUAUGAGAUAACUACAAGAUGGACAAUGGUUAUGAAAUUCAUGCUACUUCCAUGGAAACCUGAAUUGGUCUUUACAGGAACUUCUGUUAUGGGCGUUAACCCUGAAAAUGGCAAGUUCUGUAGCCAUGUGGACUUUUGGGAUUCAAUUGAGAAAAAUGACUAUUUUUCAUUUGAAGGUUUAUUGGAAUUAUUCAAACAGUUGAGGAUUUACAAGACACCGGAAUUGGAAUCACCCAAAUAUCAAAUAUUGAAAAAGACAGCAAAUUAUGAGGUUAGACAGUAUGAUCCGUUCGUAGUAGUAGAAACAAAUGGAGACAAGCUAUCUGGGUCUACUGGCUUUAAUGAUGUUGCUGGAUAUAUAUUUGGGAAGAAUUCAACGACUGAGAAGAUAGCAAUGACAACUCCAGUUUUCACUCAAGCCAUUGAUGCUGAUUUGUCCAAAGUGUCCAUCCAAAUAGUUCUUCCAUUAGACAAAGAAACAAAUAGUUUACCAAAUCCUAAUAAAGAAACAGUUAUCUUGAGAAAAUUAGAAGGAGGCGUUGCUGCAGUAAUAAAGUUUAGUGGCAAACCUACAGAGGAUAGUGUUCGCGAAAAGGAGAAAAUGUUGCGCUCCAAUAUCAUUAAAGAUGGUCUUAAACCUCAGCCAGGCUGUUUGUUUGCGCGGUACAAUGAUCCAGGUCGAACAUGGACUUUUAUAAUGAGGAAUGAAGUGCUCAUUUGGCUAUAUGACUUCUCAUUGGAUUAGCAUUAAUGCAAUAUUUGUGGCUGCUUUUAAACACACUCAACGCAGUAAAAUUUUCAUCUUAAUGUCAUUUCAAGUGCUGUUUAUUUUAAAUCAGAGAAUGAUUUGUUUCCUUAAUUAUAUAUAUUUACCUUUCCUUAUUAGACUAGAUAAAUCAGGCAACAUAAUAUUUGUAAUUAAGAGUUGUAAAUUGCUGUAAAUGUGGAGACUAUUAUUUUUAAUGGAAUACAAUGGAGAAAAGGGCAUCAAGCCAAAAUUCAUGAUAUGGUA